ACAAAGGGAAACUAUGGAACUCUUUGCCCUCACUGAAGAUGACUGCUGGGAGUCGUCUUCCCUACUUCCGGAUUGCCUUGCCAUCCCUUGUCAAGCUUAGCCCCGCCCCUUUCCUCCAGAAGCCAAAGCAUGCGUCACGUGACUGCUCUGCCCUGAGAGGAGACCACGUGGUUUCGCCUCGGACUCAUGUAGAGGAAGAAUCCUGUUGCAUCCAGAAUGGCUGAGAAGAAACCUUCAGGAGGGCAGCAUCUCCUGCUGUUGCUGCUCAUCGCUGUUGCCUUCACACACUUAGCUGUUUGUCCCUUUACGAAAGUAGAGGAGAGUUUUAACCUACAGGCCAUCCAUGACAUCCUAUAUCACAAGCUGGACUUGGAGAAGUAUGACCAUCAUGAAUUUCCUGGAGUUGUCCCAAGAACAUUUCUUGGUCCGAUUUUUGUUGCUGUGUUUUCCAGCCCAGCCAUAUACAUGUUGUCCCUGCUGCAAAUGUCUAAAUUUUACUCCCAGCUGAUAGUCCGAGGAAGCCUGGGCUUGAGCGUGAUUUAUGCCUUGUGGCGGUUGCACAAAGAAGUCAGAAAGCAGUUUGGCUCAACAGUGUCCUUGAUCUUCUGUCUGAUAACUGCUACUCAAUUCCACCUGAUGUUUUACUGCACUCGAACUCUCCCUAAUGUGUUUGCACUUCCUAUUGUUCUACUGGCAAUUACAUCUUGGAUACAGCAAAAGCACCACCUGUUCAUCUGGUUCUCAGCUUUGGCAAUUAUUGUCUUCAGAUCAGAACUUUGCAUAUUUCUGGGCUUUAUGCUUCUUGUGACCCUCUUCAAUAGAAGACUGUCCUUUGUGAAAAUGCUCUCCUAUGCUAUUCCUGCAGGAACUUUUUGGUUAGGACUUACCGUGGCCUUGGAUUCUUUGUUUUGGAAGCAGCUUUUGUGGCCUGAGGGGAAAGUGCUUUGGUAUAACACAGUUUUAAAUAAAAGUUCCAAUUGGGGAACGUCUCCUUUUCUGUGGUAUUUUUAUUCAGCCUUGCCUCGUGCUCUGGGAUGCAGCAUUAUUUUUAUACCAUUAGGUGCAGGAGACAAAAGGACUCGAAUAUUACUUCUACCCACACUUGGUUUUGUUUUCCUGUAUUCCUUUCUGCCCCACAAAGAACUACGGUUUAUUAUAUACACUUUUCCUGUCUUCAAUAUAGUGGCUGCCAAAAGCUGCUCACGAAUUCUAAACAAUUACAAGAAAUCUUGGCUGUAUAAAUUAGGCUCUCUGUUUGUGAUAGUUCACCUCAUUGUUAACACUGCUUACUCAGGAGCUUCGCUCUAUGUCUCACAUUUCAAUUACCCUGGAGGAGUUGCCAUACAAAAACUACACCAGUUAGUACCUCCAACAGCAGAUGUUUCCGUCCAUAUCGAUGGGGCUGCAGCACAGACUGGAGUGUCUCGGUUUUUAGAAGUCAAUUCGGAUUGGAAGUAUGACAAAAGGGAAGACCUCAAACCAGGUGACUCCGACAUGUUCUCGUAUACACAUUUACUAAUGGAAAUGGACCCGGUUCAAAUAUCGCAUUAUAGGAUGACCCACAGAGUCCUAGCACACAUCCCUGGCACCAGUGGAAUUGGACUGAAUUUUACUGCACUACCUCCUAUUACUUUGAACUUGAAAUCCAAACUAGUACUACUGGAAAAGCUUCCUACUUCUUCUGGAACAUAAACAUUAGGAGACUUCACCUUUAUUUUCUUCUGAAACUUAAUUGUAUUUGAUAUAAAACCAUAACUCAAUGACUUUGAACAUUAUGUAGUUUCAUUCAUUUUUUAUGGUCUGUGUAUGCACAGCUGGUACUAUGUAUUGUGUCAGAUAUGCACGCGUGUGCGUGCACACAUACAGAGGUAUAUAUUUUUCAAUGAAAUGGAACUUUGAUUUAAAAAGUGCUCUGCGCUUUUCUUACUGGCUGUACUUUGAGACUGCGAUUACAAUUACCUGCCAAGAUUUGGAGACACAGAAACAGGCGUCACACCUAAAUAGCACUUGCAUGUGACAUGCCCAGCACACAUCAGCCAAACAUUUAGUGGGUCCUUGUUAUCUGCUGGGGUUUGGCUUCAGGACUCCCCUUUGAUACCAAAAUCUAUAGAUACUCAAGUCCCAUUAUGCAAUACAAUGUUGUAAUAAAAUGACAUCUUUUAUAUAAAAUUGCAAACAACUCCUGCUUUUUCGUAUUAAAAAAAUCAAGCAGUAACUGAUUGAAUUUAUAUAUGCAGACUCAUGGAUAUGAAGGACUGACUGUAGUAUAAUUUUGACAAUAUAAUACCGUCUAUAUUACUGACCAACACAUAUUUUGGUACCUCAAACAUUAGACCAGUUUCUGAGUAUGUUUGGCCGAUCCAAAAAUGGCACCAGCUUUCCCCCAUCAGCUCCAAUUUUUAAGAUACAGAACCUAUGCCAUCUACCAGUCACUACCUGCUUGCCCAUAGAAAAUCAUGACAACCAUAUCUAAGAAAGUAGAGCUGGUGAAGUCUAUUGAAUGAAUCAGUGCCUAAAAUAAUCCCAGGAACAGGCCUCAAAAUUGUCAGGCUGUGUAAUAAUUAAUGUUUCACACAAAAUCUGGGGAUGGGUUGUUUUGCAUGCCUAUUCAGCUUGUUUAGCAGUGGUUCACAACCUCUGGGUCCCCAGGUGUUUUGGCCUACAACUCCCAGAAAUGCCAGCCAAUUUACCAGCUGUUAGGAUUUCCGGGAGUUGAAGGCCAAAACAUCUGGGGAUCCACAGGUUGAGAACCAUGAAUGGAUAUAGCCUUCCAUCCUGGUAAGAUGUCUGAACAAGGUCUCACUAUGACUUCAUAGAAUGACUGUUCUGCAGUGAUAAAAGUCAUCCUGCUAGGCUCUUUUAAGUUCAAAAGGUUAGAGAGGAAGGGAGAAAAAAGUGACAGUACCUUUAAGACUAACUGGUUUUUGUUUUUUGCUAAAAUAAAAUUCAGUGGAUUUAA